UCUGGCAAUAAAAAUAGAUCCUGAUUUGCAAUAACUAGAUGAAAUUGAUGCCAAGUUGGACAUGUUCUAUUUCAAUCCGUACCGAUUGACAGCUUUCAGAGUACCAAAUCUUCUCUCUUCCUCUAUAUAUUUUAAUGACUCUGGCCAAUCAAUCAAAAAUACAUUCAUAUGUUCUAAAGAUUCUGAGAUGAAGUCAUUGGGAGAGUUCUUCGGUGCAACUAAGAAAAUAAAAUAGGCGAAUCAUUUGCAUUUAAGAAUGUAUUAAUGGAGAUUACGCAGUGUGCAAAGAAUCACUGAAGCUUAUCAAGCAAAAAAAGGAGACCACAUGGGUCCAGGAUAGCUUCCUUCAGGAACAGGGAUUCGGUCUUUCUAUACAAUCCACGAUGCCCACGCACAUAUAUUUUACUGCACAAAGAUUCAUCAGUUCAUCUCAUAAUGCAUCAGAUUCGGACUCUUCAUAUGUGUAUUCAUUUCCUCCUUUCAUAAGAUUACGACCCAACAGCAUAAAUCGUUUAUUAAAGCGAACGCUAGUUUCACAUGUAUUAAAGAAAUGUACUUGUUCUUGAGGCGAUACAUGUGUCAGCAUCAUCCGAGAUUACAAACUGUCUAAAACUCCAAUUUUUCAGGAGAUCGUUUUAAGCAAGAUACUGUUCUUUUGGUUCUCUUUUCUAGGAAAUAAGACGAAAAUGAGGUUCUGUGCAACGGUGUGGCUGCAGUUAUUGCCAGAUCCUCCAUGAAAGACACCCCUACAUAGGUAUGUUGACCCUAGAAGCAUGCUGACUCAAUAUGAUUACAGCUUUUACUUAUUUUAAAAUUCUUUUGCAACCAUAAAGCCAGCAAGUUCGCGGCCAUCCUCACUUUCUGCCAGCAAACGUUUGAUCGUCUUAGAAUAAGCUCUUCAAAGAUUGUCGAGAUUUAGUCAAUCAUAUCAGUUUAUUUGCACGCGAACCAGGAUGCGCAUCAAAAAACUAGGCCUAGCUUACGUACGAAAUUAUGAUUGACUAGUUCAUCCCACCACACCAGGAAAGAGCUUGCCUUCGAAAGUUUUUCUCCUAAGAUGAGUAAUAUUGGUCUCUGCAAUUGAAUAAACUGGCACGCAUGAGAGUUCCCGAUUAGAAUAUUCAUAGGGAAUGAUGAAUGAACAAAGAUGUCGCUCAUCUUAGCAACAACUAGCAUCUUAUUUUAAUUGCAAUGUCAACAGUGUAAUGGACAAUUCUGGAAACAAUCCGUAAAACCCUGCCUCAAAAGAAGUAAACUUUUGUAAACUUUGGACCCUCCCACAAGGACACUCUAACAGGCAGGUCCUAAGCGCCUAUAAAUGUUCACGUCCCUUGGUCUCUCCAUGUAAACAAAGCUCCUAAGCUCAGAUUAAACCCAAGUGUUGUGCCCUUUCUGAACCAGUUGCUACACUAAUGGCAGCCAAUAAAUCUCAAAGAAAACAAUCAGUGGCCAUCAUCUUUGGAGUCACUGGGCUUGUGGGUAAAGAACUUGCCAAGAGAUUGAUCUCCAAACCCAAAUGGAGAGUCUACGGCGUGGCUCGCCGGCCGGAGAUCGCGCCCAUACAGAGUUGCAAUUACCGCUUCAUCUCUUGCGAUCUCCUGAAUCCCUCAGACACCCUACAGAGGCUGUCGAAUUUGGGGGAUGUGACUCAUGUCUUUUGGGUCACUUGGGCUAGUCAGUUCCCACUGGACAGCUCAGAAUGCUGUGACCAGAACAAGGCCAUGAUGUGCAAUGCCUUGGAAGCGAUCCUCCCAAAUUCUCCCUCACUCAGGCACUUCUCACUUCAGACAGGGAUGAAGCAUUAUGUGUCCCUGCAAAACCCGUUCAAUGGCCAACAAGUUUACUACUACAACGAGGAUUGCCCGAGAGCAAGUGCAAGAUACAAUUUCUAUUACCAUUUAGAAGAUUUGCUCAAGGAGAAGUUAGCUGGCAAGGCGGGUUGGUCCGUGCACCGGCCCGGUCUACUGAUAGGCAGUUCGAGGAGGACCUUAUAUAAUUUCAUGGGAUGUUUGGGUGUGUAUGGCUCUAUUUGUAAGCACCUUGAGCUACCCUUUGUUUUUGGAGGGACGAGAGAGUGUUGGGAAGAGGUGUGCAUUGAUGGGUCCGAUGCUGGUCUGGUAGCUGAACAGCAAAUAUGGGCAGCUACAAAUGAAAGUAUUUCUUUAACCAAUGGUCAGGCAUUUAAUUCCAUUAACGGGCCAAGCUUCACAUGGAAAGAGAUCUGGCCUGCUCUCGCCGAGAAGUUCGGGGUGCAAGUUGCUGAAGAGAUGUUCUUGCAGGAUCAUUGGUACUCCAAAGUCAUGGCCGAUAAGAAAGAGGUAUGGAGGGCCAUCGUGGAGAAAGAAGGGCUGGUACAAACGGAAAUGGAGGAUUUAGCAAACUGGGAUUUCUUGGAUAUCUUGUUCCGGUGCCCGGUUAAACUGCUCGGGACGCGGGACAAAGUCGACCGGCUUGGAUUCACCAGGCAGUGUAAAACAUUGGAUUCAAUCUUGAAUUGUGUUGAUUGCAUGAGGCACGAAAAGCUGAUCCCUUAGGCUUGCUUUGGUCCUUGGCACGUAGGGGAGAAUGAGGCGCACCAGUAACUGUGCUUCAAAAUGAAUCUAUAAACAAGUUCAAAAGCCACUCACGAUGUGCAGUUGACCGCCCAAAGGUGUUCCUUGACAAAGUUGGUGUCUUUUAUUUAACUUGGCUAAACAUGCUUGUCCUGAUAUAUUGUUAAGACGGGUACCUAGUGGGUCCGGUAUCAUAUGAUUGUAAUUUGUUAAUCCCACAUCCUCUUUGGAUGAUUGUUUCACCCCGCAUGGGUGAAACCAGCCUUAAUGUUUUAUAUAAGGAAUCUUCUAUAUUCAUGCUAGUGACGGCUGAUUCAUUAGAAGACCA